UCUACGAGGUUGAUCGACGAAGCCCACAAUGGUGCGCUUGGUUUUCUACCCGCUAUUUACCGAAGAGGAGAACUUGUUCUCUCCCCUGAAAGCCCUGGACCAUCUAAGCACCUCGGUGCUUUCGGCGCUGCGUCAAGCGGAGAGCAAGAGGAAGCAGGCAUCCGCGGACCGCAGUUCAAACUGCGUUUGUAUUCGUGGCGACUCACCGUCGGCUGCCGUCGCAAGCGUCCGCUCAGCGAGGAAGAGUCGUCGCGAAGCGCCGUCGACUCAACCGCGGACGACGACUCCAAGUUCGUCGUGAACUGCAACGUACGCGGCUACAAGCCCGAGGAGAUCUCCGUGAAAGCGAUCGGCGACUGCGUCGAGGUGAGCGCCAAGCACGAAGAAGACAGCGAGGACGGUAGCAGCUACGUGAAGCGAGAGUUCACCCAGCGGUUCACCCUUCCCGAAGGUGUGAAGGCAGAGACGGUCACCUGCGCCCUGUCGUCUUCGGGCGUGCUGGCCAUCGAGGCUCCCAAGCCGGAGGUUCCGAGCAAGAAGCCGAGGAUGAUCCCGAUCACGGUAGAAUCGUCCAAGCCGAUCGAAGCGGCGUCAGAGGCCAACAAAAAGGCGGAGAAGCAGGAAGAAGGCGCUCCCGAAGCUGCAUUGGAGUCGUGAACAUUCGUGCAUUUUCCACACAUCGUUCUCCGUUCAUCCUUAGGAUCAUGUCUUUUUGUUCGCGAAGAUGCGUCCACAUUCCGCAACGUUAAUCACGUGAUUAUUUCAAUAAAUGGGUACACUCACCCCACGUUUUAAUUAUUA